ACAAAAUCUCCCUCUUGCAUCGUGUCUACUUCGGCUGUGAACUCAAAGCUCCUCUCGGUACAUUCACCGCAUAACUUGCUUCAAGUUGCUCAGCAUCUCUACUGAUAUGUCUACACCAUCUCGGACCCGCGUACCAGUCAUCUACGGAACCGGUGGCUUUGGCAAACCCGGUCCGCGUUCCAACGGGGCACGUAUCCACACCGUCGCCGAUGCCCACACCGUGCUCGAUGUCUACUUUGCACGCGGGUACACCACGCUCGACACUGCUCGCCUAUAUGGAGGUGGGACGUCUGAGGAGUUCCUGGGCGAGAUGGACUUGCCUCAGGGUGUGACGAUUGACACCAAAGCGUUUCCUGGGCAUGCUGGUGCGUUCAGCGCGUCGGGGAUUCGUGCAUGCCUAGAAGCAUCACUGCGUGCGCUCGCUGGAAAGAAAAUCCGGACGUUCUACCUACACGCUCCUGAUCGGGGUACACCUGUCGAGGAGACGCUCAAAGCGAUUGACGAGCUUUACAAGGAAGGACGUUUUGAGGAGUUCGGAUUGAGCAACCAUUCCGUAUCGCAGCUCGCAAACGUCAUACGAGUCUGCAACGAACACGGCCGGAUCAAGCCUGCCAUCUAUCAGGACUGCUACAAUGCCAUUGAGCGGGACGUCGAGGACGAAAUAAUCCCCCUCCUCCGCGCACACUCUAUCCGAUUCUACGCCUACUCCCCGCUCGCAGGCGGCAUUCUCACGCCGCGCAUCCACACGCUCGGGGCCGUCAAGGACGCGUGCCACGGUACCUCCUCAAAUGACGACGGAGGCAAGGGAGGGAGCGAGAAGCUCGCAGGGACGCGGUGGGACAUCUCGAACUCGCACCAGGCGCCGCUGCUGUACCAGAACUACGGGUGGAUGAUCGAGAGCGGGGCUGUGCAUAAGCUCGCGGGGGAGCUGGAGAACCUCGAUCCCCCGAUCCCGCUCGCCCAGGCCGCGCAGCGCUGGCUGCAGCACCACAGCAGGCUCGACCCCGCACGGGGCGACGCGGUCGUGCUCGGCGCGGCGACUGCGCCGCAGCUUGAGAGGAACCUGGAUGAUUGCGAGAUGGGGCCGCUCCCGGAUGACGCGCUUCAACUGGUCAACGAUGCGUGGAGGAAGCUGAAGGAGUUUGCGCCUAAGGUUGUGUCAUAAUGUAGUGUGAUGAUGAAGGUUACGUUGUGGAUUCAAGUUAUUUCUAUUUGGGGGCCCGGGCCACACGCAUAAUAUUCACCAUGUUCUACACGUAACCCCAGUGUUCGUUAGUAGUCUCCUUUGUGCAGACGUUCAAUUACACGUGUCGCUGCGUUCAUACUUCUGUUGUUUAACUCAAGGGUUUAAUUGGCAGCAGAACCGUUUCCCGGCUUCGUCGAUCACAGUCCCCGCGCUUCUUCUAUGUCGUGAUCGUGGCUCAAGACCAAACCAGACUUGCGAACGCGUCGCACUGACACUAAGUCGUACUAUAUCUAUAUCAACAUGGGUCCACUGGUCGACUCAUGCUGGGCCUACCUCCACAAACAUAUUUCAUCUCAAGAAC